AUGUCUUGUCUUAUCGUCGUAUCUCAUCAUUGUGGGUAUCUUCGAAACAUCGACGUUUAUGUGGUGAAUCCAAAAAACAUCAUUAAUAACAACAAGAGUGCCAAUAUUGAUAGUAAAAAUAAUUAUCAAUAUAUUAGUAGUAUAAGUGACAGCAAUAAUCGCUCCUCCAACAAUUACACUACUAUUUCACAAGCAUUGUUAUUAAAUAUAUUACCGUUUCUAUUAUUUCUUUUUUCACUUUGUUUCAGUAUAACCACAACAAUGCCAGUUCUAUCAAGAAAAUCAGGGAGAAAGAUGUCUAAAUCAGCUAAUUCUUUGGAUUAUAAUCACCAUAAUAAUCAUCAACACCAACACCACGCCAAUAAUAAUGAACAACCACAAACACAACAUUCCCAUCGAUUUUUUUCAAGUAUUAUCGACUUUUUUAUAAAGAUAAAACCAUCGUCAUCGUCAUCGUCAUCAUCAUCAGCAUCACAAUCAAAUUUGGCUACUAUUCCAUUAAAUGGAAAUCACUACGCACCAAAACGUUCAACUUCAUUCAUUGUACAAAAAGAGAAACACCAACAACGUUCAUUGGAUUCAAUAGACACAAUUAUAGAUGAGAAUAAUAAUAAUUGUAACAAUAAUAAUAACAGAAAAAAUACAUCAAAAAUGAACCGACUAUUACAUACUCUAUCUUUCCAUUCAUGUGGUAAUUCCAGCUCCAACCACAUCAACCCCCACAGUCAAACCAGUAUCAAUUUAUUUAGUCAUCCAAGUUCCAAUUCCAAUUUCUACAACAACAAGAAAAAUAGCUCGUUUCCAUUACAUUUGUUACCAGAGGAACUGCUGAUAAAGGUUGCCAUGAAUUUCAGUGCCGAUAUGAUAUAUAAAGUUAGUAUGGUUUGCAGCGAUCUCCAUCGUUUGAUGCAAGACAUUGGACUGUGGAGAUACAAGGUCGAGGAGAAGUGGAUGCCACUCGCCAAUCAACAUUCUCUUUUGGCCAGAGGUGAGGUCAACGACCAUCUCGUUUGGAAGAAUUACUAUCACAUUCGUGGUGUUCUCAGUAGAAAAGGUGCCGUUUCCUCCAUGUCCAUUCGUCCUAAGGGUUCGGUUCCGUCACCGCGUUACCAACACACCGGAACCGUUAUCGGAUCCUCGAUCUACUAUGUCGGCGGUCAAGAGACUCAGUUGCGUCGUUUCAACGACAUCUAUAAAUUCAACACAGAAACUCAUAGAUUCGCACGUCUCGAAGUUACAGGAGCCGUUCCCAAGUUUGCUCGUCACACAGCGGUUGCUCUCGGCUCCAAGAUCUAUGUGUUUGGAGGAUUCGACGGUUCCGGAAUCUACUUUGAUUUGGCAGUGUUCGAUACCGACACUCAAAUCUGGUCGAAUCCAAUGGUCUAUGGAAAUCCACCAAGAUCUAGAACCAACCAUGCUUCCGCUAUCGUUGGAAACAAGCUCUAUGUGUUUGGUGGAAUCAAUCGUGAUGCUCGUUGGGAACUCCAGGAUCUCGACGAAUUCUUUGUCUUUGAUAUCGCAACCAUGACAUGGUCCGAGGUGUUGCCAACCGGAGAUUUGCCAUCGGCUCGUUGCGGACACCGUUUGGUUGCAAUCGACACCAAGCUGUUUAUGUUUGGUGGUGGUGCAGGUGAUUCGUGGCGCGAACGAUUCAACGACAUGCACAUCUACGACACCGAGACCAACGUGUGGCGAAGAGUUCCAUCGAUUCCACUGGUGCGUGUUUGCACAUUCAGCAGUGUGUUCGUCAUCGGCAAUCUGGUGGGAGUGUUCGGUGGUCAACACCUGAUCAAGGGAAAGGUCACCAAGAAGAUGUACUUUUUCGACACACUCUCUGAGAGUUGGAGUAAACAGGAAUUCACUCACAGUGGACCGAAUCCACGUGAUAUGGCAUCGGCCGACGUCGUUGGUGAUAGAAUCUACAUGUUUGGUGGAUAUGAUGGUCGUGCAAUGGAUGAUCUAAAUGUCAUUACAAUCUCUCACGAAUUAAAAAAUCUAUUACCAACCAUUUAUAAAUAA